AUGGCUCCCAUUCCUCCGCCCCCAGCUCUUACGAUUCUGGAUACCAUUGGCAAUACACCUGUUGUGCAGCUCAAGCAUGUCGUUCCGGAAGGCAGCGCCGAUGUCUACGUCAAACUCGAAUACAUGAACCCCACAGGCUCUUACAAAGACCGCAUGGCCAGAUCCAUGAUCGAAGAAGCCGAGCGCCGCGGAGAGCUUAGAUCCAACAUGACAGUUAUCGAAGCUACAGGCGGCAGCACCGGGUCGUCUUUGGCCUUUAUCUGCGCCGUCAAAGGGUAUAAGUUCCUGGCCUUAUCGUCCGACGCGUAUGCAAAGGAGAAAUUGCGAACGAUGUCUGCAUUCGGAGCGGCGGUCGACGUCACACACAGUCCCACAGGACAAGCAACGGCAAGCCUGAUGAUAUUGAUGAAGAAUAGGGCCGCAGAUCUCGGGUCGACCGACGAGUAUCUCUAUACCGAUCAAUUCAGCAAUCGUGACGCCCUUAUCGGCUACGCAGAGAUCGGCCACGAACUAAACAGCCAAUUUCCUGACGGCUUCGAUGUCUUCUGUGGUGCGUUUGGAACAGCUGGCAUGACUAUGGGCGUGUCCAAAGCGAUCAGAUCUCGGAACCAGAAUGUUCGAGUUAUCCUACUUGAACCCAGCUCAGCGGCUUUGUUGGCUACAGGCAUGAGCGGCUCGCAUGGCGUCGACGGCAUCGCACCCGGGUUUAUCUCGACCCACAUCGAUCAAGAAUUAUAUGACGAAGUCCGUACAGUGGAUGAAGAGGCUGCUCGUCGCAUGUGCCGCCAGCUGGCCAGGGAAGAAGGUCUAUUGGUUGGAACAUCAUCGGGCCUUAAUGUAGUUGCAGCAAUUCAGCUCGCUAAAGAGUUGGGGCCGAACAAAAAGGUCGUUACAGUUGCUUGCGACACUGGAUUGAAGUACUUGGCGGGGUCUCUGUUCUCAGACGAGUAA